GCACGGCGGAGGCGGAGCGGCGGCAGCGUCGGGGCGGGGGGUCAGGCUGCAGGGUGGCAGCCUGCGGCGGGCUCCAGGUAACCGACGCGCCGCGCAGUGCUGACCCGGCCGCCCGCCUCUGAGCCAUGGAAAUCGGCACCGAGAUCAGCCGCAAGAUCCGGAGUGCCAUUAAGGGGAAAUUACAAGAAUUAGGAGCUUACGUGGAUGAAGAACUUCCUGAUUACAUUAUGGUGAUGGUGGCCAACAAGAAAAGUCAGGACCAAAUGACAGAGGACCUGUCCCUGUUUCUAGGGAACAACACAAUUCGAUUCACCGUAUGGCUCCAUGGUGUAUUAGAUAAACUUCGCUCUGUUACAACUGAGCCCUCUAGUCUAAAAUCUCCUGAUACCAGCAUCUUUGAUAGUAACGUGCCUUCAAACAAGAGCAGUUUUGGUCGGGGAGAUGAAAGAAGGCACGAAGCUGCCGUCCCUCCCCUUGCUGUUUCUAGCUCUAGACCUGAAAAAAGGGACUCCAGAGUUUCUACAAGUUCACAGGAGCAGAAAUCCACGAAUGUCAGACAUUCAUAUGAUGAUGGGGCUUCCACCCGGCUAAUGUCAACAGUGAAACCGCUGAGGGAGCCAGCACCCUCUGAAGAUGUCAUUGAUAUCAAGCCAGAACCAGAUGAUCUCAUUGAUGAAGACCUCAAUUUUGUGCAGGAGAAUCCCUUAUCUCAGAAAAAACCUACAGUGACACUUACAUAUGGUUCUUCUCGCCCUUCUAUUGAAAUUUAUCGACCACCUGCAAGUAGAAAUGCAGACACUAGUACUCACUUAAACAGGCUGCAACUUCAUCAGCAGCAAAGCAGUGCUCAUGCUGCCAAGCAGCUGGAUGGACAGAGCAGCCAGGUAUAUGAAGCAGGCCGGUUGUGUGAGCCAGAAGUGCUUAGCAGCAUAGAAGACACUUAUAGCCCCUUCUUCAGAAACAACUCGGAUAAAAUGAGUAUUGAGGACGAAAACUUUCGGAAGAGAAAGUUGCCUGUGGUAAGUUCAGUUGUUAAAGUAAAAAGAUUUAGCCAUGAUGGAGAAGAGGAGGAAGAAGAUGAGGAUUAUGGGACCCGGAUAGGAAGCUUAUCCAGCAGCGUGUCAGUACCAGCAAAGCCUGAGAGGAGACCUUCUCUUCCACCUUCUAAACAAGCUAACAAGAAUCUAAUUUUGAAGGCUAUCUCUGAAGCUCAAGAGUCUGUAACAAAAACAACUAACUAUUCUUCAGCUCUGGGUAUCCUGGAGCUCACUGUGUAUACUAGAUUGGCCUCAAACUCCAAGAGAUCAUCUUCCUGUGUCUGCUUCCCAAGUGCUGAGAUUAAAGUUCCACAGAAACAAACACUUCCAGUUGCUCCCAGAACUCGAACUUCUCAAGAAGAAUUGCUAGCAGAAAUGGUCCAGGGGCAAAACAGGGCCCCCAGAAUAAGUCCCCCUGUUAAAGAAGAGGAAGCAAAAGGAGAUAAUACAGAAAAAAUUCAAGGAACUCAACAGAGGCAAUUGUUAUCCCGACUGCAAAUUGAUCCAGUAAUGGUAGAAACAAUGGAGAUGAGUCAAGAUUACUAUGACAUGGAAUCCAUGGUCCAUGCAGACACAAGAUCAUUUAUUCUGAAGAAGCCAAAGCUGUCUGAGGAAAUAGUAGUGACACCAAACCAGGAUUCGGGGAUGAAGACUGCAGAUGCCCUUCGGGUCCUUUCAGGACACCUUAUGCAGACACGAGAUCUUGUACAACCAGAUAAACCUGCAAGUCCCAAGUUUAUAGUGACGCUGGAUGGUGUCCCCAGCCCCCCAGGAUACAUUUCAGAUCAAGAGGAGGAGAUGUGCUUUGAAGGAAUGAAACCCGUAAACCAAACUUCAGCCUCAAACAAGGGACUCAGAGGUCUCCUCCACCCACAGCAGUUGCAUUUGAUGAGCAGGCAGCUUGAGGACCCAGAUGGUAGCUUUUCCAACGCUGAGAUGACUGACCUGAGUGUGGCACAGAAACCAGAAAAACUUUUGGAGCGCUGCAAGUACUGGCCUGCUUGUAAAAAUGGGGAUGAGUGUAUAUACCAUCAUCCCAUUUCACCUUGCAAAGCCUUUCCCAAUUGCAAAUUUGCUGAGAAAUGUUUGUUUGUGCAUCCAAAUUGUAAAUAUGACACAAAGUGUACUAAAGCAGAUUGUCCCUUCACUCACAUGAGUAGAAGAGUCGCAGUACUGACUCCAAAACCAGUGUCGUCACCAGCACCGGCUUCUAAUGGCCAGCUCUGCCGAUACUUCCCUGCUUGUAAGAAAAUGGAAUGUCCCUUCUACCAUCCAAAACACUGUAGGUUUAAUACUCAGUGUACACGACCCGACUGCACAUUUUAUCAUCCCACCAUUACUGUACCACCAAGACAUGCCUUGAAAUGGAUUCGACCUCAAACCAGUGAAUGAUGCCCUAGUCCUACCUGGCAGAAGAUCAUGCAGUUUGAAAGCUUCCAACUUCUGAUGAGAGAUGUUCUACAGAACUUGUCACGUCUUUGAAAUUUAGAAUAUAUUGCUUUCACAAUAUGAAUUUUACUGCCCAACUGAAGUGUCUAAUUUUUCAAGUUUGUAAGUUUAUUAAGUGGUUUCAACAUUUUUUGUUUGUUCGUUUUGACUAUGAAAAAGACAGUUUAAAGAAAAGCCAGAUUCUAUUAAAACAUUGGCAGCAUGUUUGUACAUUGCUGUUUAACAUCACUUUUGGUAAUGGUACUGCAGCUUAGAGCUGUGGUGCUGUGGGAAGGCCAGUGUCCGAAAGCUGACGCACUUUUUACUCUUCCCAAAGGUAAUGCGGUGUCUGUAACCCAGCAUGGGAACAGUGGCCAGACUUUGAAACUGAGGCAGCUUUGGAAUAUCUAGUUUAAAUUUCUUUUUUUUAAUGUCUAAAUGAGUUUUGACAUUAAAAAUGAAUAUGAGAAGCAUAAUACAGACUUUUAUUUUGAGUGCUACUUUGGUAGAGUUGACUCAGGUCCCGUGCCUUUGUGAAAGUAGAGACAUGGUCAUAAAGGGUAAACGUAGUUGGAAUAACAGUGCAAAAAUGUGUGAACAAGUCUUUGAAAUGCUCCCAUUUACUCUUAUCAUUUUUAAAUAAUUUUGGAGGGACUACAUUAUCACAAAAUUAUACAAAAAUUUUUACAGGCAUAUUACAGAAAGUAUCAGAAAACAGACUUUGAACUUACAAGAAUAUAAAUAUACGUAUAUAUUCCCAUAUUCUGAAAAAUAUGGGAAAUAACGCCACAGAAAAUAUACAUAUGUUACUACUAAAGAUCACUCUUGAAAUGUAGAAGUUGAGAUUUAAGUGGUGUAUUUUAAAUGACAGAACUAUAUAAUUGCAGAUAGUAAGGGUAAACUUCACAAUAGGAUGAAACUUGGCCUACUGUAUUAUGGAGUUUUCUGUGUGGUUUUUGAAACUGUUAAGGCAAGAUGUGUCAUGUUUUAGAACUAAAUAACAGACAACUAAUUUAAAAAACUUGUUGUUUUAAAAAUUAAAGUGUAAAAGGUGGUUAGCAAAGGGGAUAAUAAAAGCUCAAACAUUUUGAGGACCAAAUUUAACUGUUAAGAUACAAUAAAGUCACAUCUAUAAAAGUCUGUGUUUAACAAUGUGAA